AUGCUCGUCUGUUCUCCUCUAUCCAAAAUGCUCUUUGAAAAAGGGAUAGACGACACACACAAAUUCCUCGGCAAUGAAACCCAUACAGACUACUUCAGGUUAUUAUUGCGAGAUGGGAACUACCUACUCGUUGGUGGAAGAAAUGUGGUGUACAACCUCAGCCUAACCGACCUCACGGAGCAACGGAGGCUCGUGUGGUAUUCUUCAGAGAGCGAUGUUCAGAUGUGCGUUGUCAAGGGAAAAGAUGAGGAAAGCUGUCAAAACUACAUCCGAGUCCUAGUGUCUCUGGGCACUGGUAGAUUGCUAAUCUGUGGGACGAACAGCUUCAAGCCAGUGUGCAGAGAGUAUGGGGUCCAGCGGGACUCCUACCACAUGGAGAAGGAGAAAUCGGGACAAGCGGUCUGCCCCUAUGACCCAGAACAUAAUUCCACGGCGGUUUAUGCAGACGCCGAGCUGUACUCUGGCACGGUGGCAGACUUCAGUGGAAUGGAACCUAUCAUAUACCGUGAACCACUUCAAACGGAGCCCUACGAUUCCAUGACGUUGAACGCGCCCGAUUUCGUGAACUCCCUUGUACAUGGCAACUUCGUGUACUUUUUCUUUCGGGAGACGGCGGUGGAAUAUAUUAACUGUGGGAAGUCGGUGUUCUCUCGCGUGGCGCGCGUGUGCCGAGACGACAGGGGGGGGCCCCACCGGUUCAAGCAGCGCUGGACUUCCUUCCUCAAGUCGCGACUGAAUUGCUCCGUCGCUGGAGAUUUCCCGUUUUAUUUUAACGAGAUACAAUCCACGACAGAACUGAUAGAAGGUGUAUACGGAGGUCUGAACGCCCAGCUAAUAUACGGUACAUUCACGACUCCACCGAACAGCAUAUCUGGUAGUGCUGUCUGCGCGUUCAGCAUGCAGGAUAUUGCUGAUACCUUCGAGGGUACCUUCAAAGAGCAGAGCGCUAUCAACUCCAAUUGGCUUCCAGUUAAUAGUGCUAAGGUUCCAGAACCCAGGCCAGGCACUUGCCACAACGAUUCCAGGCAGUUACCAGAUCAAACGCUAAAUUUCAUUAAAACUCACGCGCUUAUGGACGAAUCUGUCCCGGCGUUCUUUGGAGAGCCUAUCGUUAUUAGAACUAGUUUUCACUACCGGUUUACGCAGAUCGCUGUAGACCCUCAAGUGAAGACACCCGGCGGGAAAGCGUAUGAUGUUCUUUUUAUUGGCACAGAUAACGGCAAGAUCAUUAAAGCGAUAAACGCUGUUUCGUACGACACGAAUAAACGCGCUGCUCCCGUGGUUAUUGAGGAGUUGCAGGCUUUCGGAGCUGGUUCCCCCGUGAGGGCCCUGAGGGUGGCCAGAGCUGGCCGUGAUGCUGCAAGGCUGAUCGCUGUAUCGGAUAAGGAAGUUCUUAGUUUGAGGCUGCAUCGGUGUUCUAGUGACAAGAUUAGUUCUUGUUCGGAAUGUGUGGCCCUCCAAGAUCCGUACUGUGCGUGGGAUAAGCAGGCCGGUCGGUGCCGGGCCUACUCCCAUGGUGUCAGCAGAUGGCUUGAUGAGAACUCCUUCUACCAGAGCGUCAGCACUGGGAGUCAUGCUGCAUGUCCACACAGCAAGGAUGCUGGUGCAGUUGGUGGUCUCAGUUCAGGUCUUUAUGAUGAUGCUAGAGAGAAUAAAGGAGAGGUCAUUAACAUUGUGCAAGACAAGGAAGGAAAAGGGGGGAACAAUAAUAAUGAAGGUCCAGAAGUUUUAGCAGCCGACCCGCCACCAGCAGCAUAUUCAGUCGAAACUCUAGCUCUAGCAGUAGCUGCAGGAGCACUUGCUGCUCUCGGGGCAGGUUUCGCUGCGGGGUAUAUCUGUGGACGACGUUGCAAGAAGGAUGAUGACGACAACAUGCCGUACCCUGAUACGGAGUAUGAAUAUUUUGAACAACGUCAGAAUAUUAAUAGGAUCCAAGCAGAGCCAAAGCUCCUCCAACAAGUAGAGGAAGUGACGUACGCAGAGCCAGUCCUCGCGCCGCAGCCGAAGCCGGCCUCGCCACGAGCCACGCUCCGCAAGCACCCCCCCUAUCACCCCCACCACGAGACUCUUUUCCAGUUCCAACCGGACGCGUACCGUCGCGACAAUUUUGGAACCCUCCGCUCGCAUCAGGUCAAUGGCGAUGGGUACCGGCGCGGGAACGACAACGGUUUCUCGACCACGCGCUCAGUGAAAAAAGUGUAUCUCUGA